AUGAUGACGGUACAAUCUGAUAACAGUUAUGCUUGUAAUAUUUCUCCGGAACUACGACAAACUGAAAAACAUUCGGAAAAAUCCUUGACGCCUCUUUUUCGCAUAAAUUCGGAGGGAUCUUUGGCCCGUAAUCGAAAAAUUUUAAAGGACUUGGAACUUGCAAAGGCACGCUUGAGGACUUAUGCUGCAUAUACACCAACAGAUCGAGAAUUGCAACAACGUGCAACAGAAUAUCGUAAAUAUUUACAAAAGUAUAUGCGAAAUUUCACUCCUUCGUAA